GCUGCCGGUCUCACUGGGUUGGCGCGCGCAUGAACCCAUCGUAGAGGCUCUUCAAAGCCGCUACAUCCUGCAGCAUCUAUAUAAGGGGAAGCACCAUAGGGUCCUGAUAAUCUAUCAAUUACAACAAGCUCGUCUGCCAAUUCACAAACCUAACCUAAAACCCCACUUCCUACGCAAGCCAGUCUCAGACAAGUGCUCCAAUGGCGUCCCAGCUGGUCGAGAGCCACCGCGCCGGGGCCGAUGUCAUCAAGGGGCGCGAAGUCUGCAAGAAGAAGUCUGUCGAGCUCCUUGAAGAGUUCGGCCUCCCGAAAGGCCUCUUUCCAAUGGACGACAUUGAAGAGAUCGGGUACAACCGCGAGAGCGGGUUCGUGUGGAUGCUUCAGAAGAAGAAGAACAAGCACACCUUCAAGAAGAUCCAGCAGACUGUCUCCUACGACACCGAGGUGACCGCUUUUGUGGAGAAGGGCAAGAUCAAGAAGGUCACCGGGGUCAAGGUCGAGGAGCUGUCUUUGGUCGAGGUCCAUGUGGAUAAGUCUUCUGCUGAUAAGGUCACCGUCAAGACUGACACCGGUCUGUCUGACACCCAUGAUGCAGCCGCGUUCGCUCUCGGAGAAUAGGGAAAUAAGUAGAAAUGGCACGAAAUGAAGUCAGUGAAUGGUUCGACACUAUGGUUCGCAUGUUAAUGUUAUGUAGAAGUAUCUUUCCGUUUUCUUGUAAGCUCAAGGCUGCUGCGUGAAUGUUGUUCCC